UUUUCAAACAAUAUUCCAUUUUUUUUUUUUGCCCUUUACAUAUAAAAUUAUGGACGGUAUUGACGGUAUUGAAGUUAAAUAUAAUGAAAAAUAUGGAAAUGGUUUAUACGCUACACGCGAUUUUGAAAAAGGCGAAAUUGUAUUAUCGGAAAAACCUUUUAUAGUUGUACACCCAUUAUCUUCGAAACGUGAUCGUGCAUUCUCAUGUACAUUUGAUAUAGAUUUGAGUGUAUUCUCAAAAUUCAAAACAUUUUUUGAUGCUUCUCCAGAGAUUCAAAAUGCCAUAUUAAAUAAUUUUUAUCUUCCCCCUCAAGAUCAACUUGAGUCAGCAUGGUCUAUUAUUGGUUCAACAUAUGUUGACAAGAUUAUCAAAACUUGUAUAAACCGAGUUGAAGCUUGGGCAGACAUACCUGAAGAAACUUUCCGUAAGGUCUUCAUGAUAUUCACUUUGAAUUCUCAUUCUUUCGAUUUUGAUGGUUCAGCCAUUUUCGUAUUUGGCAGUAAAAUGAAUCACUCUUGCGAAGCAAAUACUUUUUAUCAGUCUAUUGACGGACUUGGUGUUCAUACAGCUGUCAAAAGAAUAUCGAAGGGUGAACAGAUUACUACAGAUUAUCUUGGUAAAGAUAGUAUCCUCUCAAGAGGAGCGAGACACAGGAUUCUUCAACGCGCUAAGUUGUUCACAUGUGAAUGUCCAAGAUGUACCGAAAGGAUGGAUGUAUCACGUGGUUUACCUUGUCCAAAUUGUAAUAUUUGUAAAAAUCAUAGAAGAAUGAAUGGUGGAUAUAUAUAUCGGUAUCCAAUUUUGUCUACAAAUGAAAACAAAGCAUCAACGGCACAGAAUUAUUGGCUUUGCGAUAUGUGUAAUUCACGUUUUGAAGAUAACAGCCCAAGACUUCAUGGAUUGUUUGUAAGAGAAACAGAAUUAGAAAAUCAAAUUAUUGCUCUAGAAGAAAAAUUAAACAUUCUCCCAUUUAUAGAUCAUUCUCAAUUAAUUGAACUCUACAAUGCUUGCAUAUCUCACAUUGGUACUCGUCAUUGGACUUAUAUCAUUAUUCUAAAGAUUCUUAUCCUUUUCGAUGCAUCUAAUGGUAUAUUCCAGUCCAAGAAUGCUAUAAUUCAAAACCUCGAUCAAAUUUUGAACUGGUAUGAAAAAUACGGGUUUGACACUCAAAGAUAUCUGAGCGUUUUUGUGUUGAGAGUAGCUAAUGUAUUGAUUCAUGCUGGCGAAUAUGCUAACGGGCUGUAUUUCCUUGAACGUGUCUUUGAGGAUUUUGAAUAUGAAAGCACAUUCGUUCAAGAUUAUAAGGAUGCUUCAGAUCUUAUGGCUAAAUGUCGUUCUGUUUUAGAACAGACGUCAUCAUUACAGGAUAAUGUAGUUUCAAAUCAAAUACACAUGGAUCCACUCAAAAUCGUAUAGUUUUAAAUGAGUGGGUAACAAAGGACUUUUAGAUUUUAGAUUUAGACUUUCCAUAAAUUCUUCAUUAUUAUUGGUGAAUGCUGGUUAAUUUCACGCUUUUUUCCACUUUGUAAUAUAUUUUGUUUAUAGUUGUGUACUUUUUAAAUAAAUAAAAGAUUAAUUAAACUUUUUUGUAAUUUGUUAUUGAGGCAAUAUUUUU